CCUCAUUCAACAAUACUCGGGAUAUGAGUGAGUAACUCAGCUGGGUGAGUAGAAAUUCUACUACUCGACUCAUGAGUACCCAGUGCGCAGCCUACCCACACGUAUACCCCCGCAGCCAUACUCAUCCACCAUGUCGGAUACAGGGGCUGCAAAUUUGUCCACAGAGCCAAGGAAAGACAUACAAGAAGAAUCAAACAGCAAAAAUGUAGCUGUAGAGAAAAACGAAGCAACAGCGGCCGAAGCGCCACAAGAAGAGCCAAAAUUACCGCCACUUAGCGCAUCGGAUUUCGCGGCCUACAACGGCAUGGCGGAGCACAUGGAAUACUUCCACAAUAAUUUCCGGAGGACGUGGAACCUUCUAUAUGGUGCCUGCGAGUCUAACCAACGCCCAAAGAACAUGUCCAUCAAGCAGUUCAUCACCACUGGCCUGCAGUUUUGUGGGCAUCUCACGGCGCAUCACUCCAUCGAAGAGGUGCACGUCUUCCCUGUUCUCGCUAAGAAAAUGCCGGAGUUCAAGAACGGCCCUAAGUACAAGGGCGCAGCGAAGUUGUUAAGGCAGCACAAGGAGAUCCACGAUGGCUUGGACGUAUUUAAGCUGUACUUGCAGCAGUGCCAAACUGGGGAGGCCGACUUUGAUUUGAGGGUGCUCAAGACGAAGAUGGACUCCUGGGGAACAGUGUUAUGGACUCAUCUAGAUCAAGAGGUCAAGACGUUGGGUGCCGAGAACAUGAGGAAAUACUGGACUGUAGCAGAGAUGAGGCGGAUGCCAAUGUAAAUAUCCAUAUAUAGAAAGAACAUAAUUUGAUUUUAACAACAAUAUUAAUACUUGAUCCCC